GAGGGCAGGUCUCCAGUGUACCUUCCUUCGUAAACUCCGGGAGGGGGCUGGUGGAGGUUCUUGGGACGGUGCUCAGUGACGAUUCCUAGGCGGAGCAGAUUCGAUGAAGAAAGAUGUAAGAAAGAACCAGGACUGGCGGUCUUAACCAUUUCAGUGAAUGGCACCAUCCAUCUACUUAAUUCAAAAAUGUAGGAGAUAGUUAACUGAAAGGAAUCUGUCCCACUACUGCAACCAAACCAGAUGCCUUCUUUUACUUCACCCGACCAAGGAGAGGACCUGGAGGCCUGUGUUUUAAGAUUUUCAGAGUUAGAUUUAAAAGACACAAGGCUUAUCAAUCCCAGUAGCAGUCUUAAAGCCGAGUUGGAUGUCAGUACGAAAAAGAAAUACUCAUUUGCCAAGAAAAAGGCAUUUGCCCUUUUUGUCAAAACCAAAGAAGUUCCUGCACAUCCUUUUGAAUGUAAAGAAAAAUGGUGGAAAUGUUGUCAACAGCUGUUCAAAGACCGGAUCGGCAUCCAUAGACAUGUGGCAACACAACAUGCUGAUGAGAUCUGCCGCCACACUGCUUCCGUGUUAAAGCAGCUGGCUGUGACACUGAACACCUCAAAGAGCCUUAAGCCUGCAGAUGAUAGGAACCCUCUAAAAGGGUACUUGACCUGUAACAGGGAAGUGUCCGCUUGGCUCCCUGAUGUAAGCUGCUUUAGCCCUGAUGAGCUGAUAAGGGGCCAGGGCAGUGAUGAAGGAGAGGUUCUACUUUAUUACUGCUACUGUGACCUGGGGGAUCCCCCCUGGGUCUGUGCCUGGCAGAUGGCUCUGUGCCAGCACCUGCGCCUCACAGGCAAGGUUCGAAUUGCUACAGAAGGAAUCAAUGGGACAGUUGGUGGAAGCAAACUGGCCACCAGACUCUAUGUGGAAGCCAUGCUUUCCUGCCCAUUGUUUAAGGAUUAUAUGUGUAAGGAUGAUUUUAAGACCAGCAAAGGAGGGGCUUGCUGUUUUCCAGAAUUGCGUGUUGGUGUAUUUGAAGAAAUUGUGCCCAUGGGGAUCAGUCCCAAUAAGAUCUCCUACAAGAAGCCUGGAGUCCAUUUAUCUCCAGGUGAAUUUCAUAAAGAAGUAGAAAAGUUUUUGUCUCAGACAAAUAAAGAACAAAGUGAUACUAUCCUCCUGGACUGCAGAAACUUCUAUGAAAGCAAAAUAGGGCGAUUCCAGGGCUGUUUAGCCCCAGACAUCAGGAAAUUCAGUUACUUCCCUAGCUACAUUGACAAAAAUCUAGAACUUUUCAGAGAGAAGAAAGUGCUGAUGUAUUGCACUGGGGGUAUCCGUUGUGAGCGGGGUUCAGCCUACCUCAAAGCCAAGGGAGUAUGCAAGGAAGUGUUCCAGCUCAAGGGUGGCAUCCACAAGUACCUGGAGGAGUUUCCUGAUGGUUUCUACAAAGGGAAAUUGUUUGUUUUUGAUGAGCGUUAUGCCUUAUCCUACAACAGUGAUAUAGUGUCAGAAUGUUCGUAUUGUGGAGCCCCAUGGGACCAAUAUAAACUCUGCUCGACUCCCCAGUGCCGCCAGCUCAUCUUGACCUGCCCUGCUUGCCAACGACGAGGGUUCACAGCCUGUUGUGUCACGUGUCAGGACAAAGGGAGCGGGCUGGCUUCAAGUCCCACCCAGAGCAGCUUUAAAGAGGAAUGUGAGUGUACAGCCCGACGGCCACGCAUACCCAAUGAGCUGCCACAGCCGGUGUGACGGACUCCCCACCAGCUCAGAGCCAAGGCCUGGCGCUGGUGAGGAUGGGCCAUGCUUAUGCGAGUGGCACCAUCAGCAUUUCCCUAGGCCUUCGCAGAGCUAGGUUCACGGUGACCAUACGCUGGAGAACAUCAAAGCUGCGGCAACAGGGAAACAGGGAACGCCAGCAUCAUAAACUGGGUACCGUGUUGGCCACCUAAACUUCAGUGGGGGGAGGAAAGAGGGAGUUGGGUUCUGCCCGCUUACCUGAAACAUUUGACUCAGAAGAUGACAGAGGGGCGCCUGGGUGGCUCAGUUGAGCGUCCGACUUCGGCUUAGGCCAUGAUCUUGCAGUUUUGGGGUUUGAGCCCUGUGUUGGGCUCUGUGCUGACAGCUCAGAGCCUGGAGCCUGCUUCGAUUCUGUGUCUCCCUCUCUCUCUGCCCCUCCCCAGCUCACGCUCUGUCUCUCAAAAAUAAAUAUUAAAAAAAAAAAGAAGAUGCCAGAGCACAGAAAAAAGAGCUGUUGUGGGAUCCCAAAGCCGCUGGGGGAGAGAGCCUUGAGCCUGGUGACCAGGUCAUGCCCUCUCUGUGCCAUGCAGCCGGCUGGUAGUAGUCAUUGGGCUUGUCAGCAGACUUGUCCACCCUGGUGGCAGAAGCGUGAAAGCUAUAGCCCUGGAGGUGGACUCCUUGGAAGCAGGCCACUCAGGUCACCUACCAUCCACCACCUCUGACCUCAUCUCCUCUCUGGCAGCCUGAGAGGCUAAGUCAGGAUUCGCAGACUAUGGCAUUUGACUUGCUUCCUGCUUUUUUGUAAAUAAAGUUUUAUUGCAGUAGCCACACCCAUUCAUUUACACAUGAUCUAUGGCAGAAUUAAGUUACAACAGAGACCUUGUGGUGUGCAAGACUGACAAUAUUUGCCAUCUGGCCCUUUAUAGAAAAAAAAUUGCCAUUCCCUAGUCUAAACUAAUAGCUCAUCUGAUGGAGCAGAUGGUCUUAAAGAUGUGGCCCACCUUCAUUUUUUUAUUGAUUUGGUUUUUGUGAGAGUGCUCCCCCCAUACCCACACGCUUAGCUUUAAGUAUUCUUUUUGGAAGAUUCAAAUUAGUUUGAGGACGCUGACAUUUGGGCAGUUUUUAGAUGAACACCUUGGGACAGAAGACACAUUUUGAGGGAGGUCGUUCUGCAUUGCCAUGGUAGUUUCCCAGCCUUCUGGCCAACAUGUCAGGCACGUGUCCCUGUCACCCUAGUCGCAAGAAAUACAUACGCAACCGUCCAUAGACCAACAGAUUUAAUCUUAUGUCGCAGUUUCCAGUGACGCAGAAUACAGCUGCAGUUGUGUUUCAAGGAGAAGCCUAGUGGGAAGGGCCAUCCCUGCAGCAUGGUGCCACUCCUGGUCCCAUCUGCAGCCUCAGUAGACACUCUCCCUUAGCGUGAGGCCCUGGCUCCACCUCUGGUUACCCUGUACUGUCCACAUCAUCACAGUUCAGUGUGCAAGACUUUGCCUUUUUCGUCAAUAGCCUCCGCGCGGUGCUCUGCAGCUUAGUCUGUGCUCGUCAGCUAUUUGGGCUGUCCUUUGUCAUAAGAUUUGCUGAAUCACUCAUGAAAAUAACUCCCGAGCAACAGAAAUGCUAGUUUAACUGGCACUGUGGUAUAUUAAAAGGCACAAGGGCAUUGUGGCUUAACAUUUUUGCUGGGUCCCAAGAGAUGCACAUGAUGUGAAAAAGGGAUCUGGCAGAAACACCAAUAUUACAUUUACAGAAUAAUCGUCUUGGGAUGGUUUGGCCAGGGUUUCCUAAUUCUUUGAUAUCUGGAUUUUCUUCACCAUUGGCCUUCAGAGGCUUAAUUGACAGACGAGAUCAGUGGUGAUGUGACACAUGGUUGAAGUCUUUAACUAUGGCCGUAAUGGACUAGAAAUUUCCCUAUUGUUUUACCUCCCAGAAGCCAUUGGCCCACUGUGCAAUACAGAAAGGUGUUUUCAAGUAUUUGGCCAUAGGUUUUCACAUCGUUGAGGUUGACACUGAGUAAGGAAAACAUUAUUUCUGAUUCCAAUAUUAAAUGGGAAAUAAAUCCCAGAUGUUCCUAAAGAACACUCAGGGAAAUGUUUGCUGCCUGGGAUUGGUGAAGAAAGGAUGGCUUUUGCAACUUGAAAUUUCACUGGCUUUUCAAUCAUUUCCUCAUAUCCAGCAAAAGGAACCUCACGUUCUUUGAAUCAUGGCAGAGCUCUGUGGCCUUCAAUCGCUCUUUCAUGGGGGGCAACAUUGUGCUUCCUGACCCACUGAUCAAUUGGGCAACUUUAAUCUUGAGGUCCUUAAAAUUUAAAGGAGGAUUAAUAACGAUGAUCUGUUCACUAAAUGCCUAAGAUCAAAUUCAUAAUAAAGUAUUUUAUAAUGCUUUUCAA